AUGUCUGAGGGAAAAUCUGUUGGUAUUGAUUUGGGUACUACCUACUCUUGCGUUGGUGUCUGGCAAAACGAUCGUGUUGAAAUCAUUGCCAACGAUCAGGGUAACCGCACUACCCCUUCGUAUGUCGCUUUCACCGAUAGCGAACGUUUGAUUGGUGAUGCCGCCAAGAACCAAGUCGCCAUGAACCCCUUCAACACUGUCUUCGAUGCCAAGCGUCUUAUUGGUCGUCGUUUCGCUGACAGCGAGGUUCAAUCUGAUAUGAAGCACUGGCCCUUCAAGAUUGUCGACAAGUCCGGUCUUCCUGUGAUCCAAGUCGAAUACAAGGGUGAGACCAAGACUUUCACCCCUGAGGAAAUCUCCUCCAUGGUCUUGAUCAAGAUGAAGGAAGUUGCUGAAGGUUACCUUGGCACCACCGUUAAGAACGCCGUCGUCACCGUUCCCGCUUACUUCAACGACAGCCAGCGUCAAGCUACCAAGGAUGCCGGUGUCAUUGCUGGUUUGAACGUUCAACGUAUCAUCAACGAACCCACUGCUGCUGCCAUUGCUUAUGGUUUGGACAAGAAGGUUGAGGGCGAGCGUAACGUCCUUAUCUUCGAUUUGGGUGGUGGUACCUUCGAUGUCUCUCUUUUGACCAUUGAAGAUGGUAUCUUCGAAGUCAAGGCUACUGCUGGUGACACUCACUUGGGUGGUGAAGAUUUCGAUAACCGCCUUGUCAACCACUUUAUGCAAGAAUUCAAGCGCAAGUUCAAGAAGGACAUCUCUGGUAACGCUCGUGCCGUUCGUCGUCUUCGUACCGCUUGUGAGCGUGCCAAGCGUACCCUUUCUUCUUCUGCUCAAACCUCCAUUGAGAUUGACUCUCUCUUCGAGGGUGUUGACUUUUACACUUCCCUCACCCGUGCCCGUUUCGAAGAACUCAACCAAGAUCUUUUCCGCAACACCAUGGAACCCGUUGAAAAGGUUCUUCGUGAUGCCAAGAUUGACAAGGGCUCUGUUCACGACAUCGUCCUUGUUGGUGGUUCUACUCGUAUCCCCAAGGUUCAAAAGCUCGUCUCUGAUUUCUUCAACGGCAAGGAACCCAACAAAUCCAUCAACCCUGAUGAAGCUGUUGCUUAUGGUGCUGCUGUUCAAGCUGCUAUUUUGUCUGGUGACACCUCUGAAAAGACCCAAGACUUGCUCUUGCUCGAUGUUGCUCCCUUGUCUCUCGGUAUUGAGACCGCUGGUGGUAUCAUGACCAGUCUUAUCAAGCGUAACACCACUGUUCCUACCAAGAAGUCUGAAAUCUUCUCUACCUAUGCUGAUAACCAGCCUGGUGUCUUGAUUCAAGUCUUUGAGGGUGAGCGUGCUCGCACCAAGGAUAACAACCUUCUCGGCAAGUUCGAGCUUACUGGUAUUCCUCCUGCUCCUCGUGGUGUUCCUCAAAUCGAGGUUACUUUCGAUGUUGAUGCCAACGGUAUUCUUAACGUCACUGCUCUUGACAAGACCACUGGCAAGUCCAACAAGAUUACCAUCACCAACGAUAAGGGCCGUUUGAGCAAGGAAGACAUUGAGCGUAUGGUUGCUGAUGCUGAAAAGUACAAGGCUGAAGAUGAGGCUUCUGCUUCCCGUAUCCAAGCCAAGAACGGUCUUGAGUCCUAUGCUUUCAACUUGCGCAACACUCUUCAAGAGGAGAAGGUUGCUUCUGCUAUGGAGGAAGCUGACAAGACCAAGCUUAACAGCGCCAUCGAUGAGACCAUCAAGUGGUUGGAUGAGUCCCAAGAAGCUUCCAAGGAAGAGUAUGAGGGCAAGCAAAAGGAACUUGAGGAAGUUGCCAACCCCAUCAUGAUGAAGAUCUACCAACAAGCCGGUGGUGCUCCUGGUGCUGCUCCCGGUGGUGCCGCUCCUGGUGGUUUCCCUGGUGCUCCUGGUGCCGCUCCUGGUGGUGCUGCUGCCGAUAACGACGGCCCUUCCAUUGAGGAAGUUGACUAA